AUGCUUUCAACAUCCCACGAGCCCAAGCACUUCUUCUCCUAUCCUCAUCUCUCUCCUCCUCUCUCUGCAACUCCCACUCCUCGACCCAACCCACUUCGCCUUCUUCUUCUUCUUCUUCUUCUUCUUCUUCUUCAAUUCUUUCUCCCCAGAACAUAAUUAAUUAUGGCUCUCGAGACCUGGCUGAUCAAGGUCAAAUCAGCCAUAUCCAACGGCUUCGAUUCGAAGGUCGCCAAGAAAUCCAACAGCGGAGUCUUGGCCUUCGAGAUCGCCGGCCUCAUGUCGAAGCUGCUCCAUCUCUGGAAAUCUCUGUCGGAUAAGAACAUAAUUCGCCUCAGGAAUGAAGCCAUAUCAGUGGAAGGCGUCCGCAAGAUCGUAUCCAACGACGACACCUUCCUCCUCGGCCUCGCCUGCGCCGAAUUGGUCGAGAAUCUCCGCCUCGUCGCCAACUCUGUUUCCCGAAUCAGCAGCCGCUGCCACGACCACAAUCUCCGGUCGUUCGACCGGUUCUUCGCCGAGUUCGCCGACGCCGGCCGGGACCCCAACAACUGGGUCCUGAGCUUUAAGGAAAUGGAGGCCAAGAACAAGAAGAUGGAUCGGUUCGUCACUGCAACUGCGACUCUUCACAGAGAGAUGGACGAGCUCUCGAUAAUGGAGAACGGCUUAAGAAAAGCUUUACAGUGUAAAGAAAACGAAGUACCGAUCAAGCAGCAGAAGAUCAUCGAUCUGCAGCAGAAGAUUCUGUGGCAAAGACAAGAAAUUAAGUAUCUAAAAGGGCGAUCCUUAUGGAACCGAAGCUUUGAUACAACUGUUUCGUUGCUGGCAAGAUCCAUUUUUACUGUUCUAGCAAGGAUCAAGCUUGUUUUCGGGAUCGGAAAUCAUGGGAAGUUUCCAGCUUCGUUGCCCCGCAGCCUCUCGGCUUCAGCCGCCGUCUACCCAUCCGAUCCAAACCCGAAUUCCUGCGAUUUCGUAUCAGGGCCGUUGACGACGAACAAAGAUUCGGGCCACGGGUUCUUCGAGUCCAACUCGAAGAUGCUCAAGCCGCCGCCGAGCACGCUGGGGGCGGCGGCUCUGGCUCUCCACUACGCGAACUUGAUAAUCGUGAUGGAGAAGAUGAUGAGAUCGCCGCAGCUGGUCGGCUGCGAUGCGAGAGACGAUCUUUACUCGAUGCUGCCGCGUAGCAUACGAUCAUCUCUCCGGGGGAGGUUGAAAGGAGUAGGGUUUUCAGCAACCGAUCCGGCACUCGCCGGCGAGUGGAGAGAGGCUCUCGGGAAGAUUCUCCGGUGGCUGUCGCCUUUGGCUCAUAAUAUGAUAAAGUGGCAAAGUGAACGGAGCUUUGAGCAGCAGAAUUUGAUGCCAAAAACCAAUGUUCUUCUCCUUCAAACCUUAUUUUUUGCCAACAAAGAGAAGACUGAAGCCGCCAUUACUGAGUUGCUUGUUGGGUUGAAUUACAUUUGUCGGUUCGAGAGGGAGAUGAAUGCCAAGGCCUUGUUAGAAUGCACCUUCUUGAAUAUGACGGCGGCUUCGAGCAGCUAGCUAGCUAGGAAUUACGACUGUUUUUGUUUAAUAUUCUGCUUAAUUUUAACUCUUUUUUUUUUUUUUUUUUUUUGGAAUAUUUUCCAUUUUGAGAUCGACGUGGUUUUGAUCUUCUAGAUUGAACUCAUCGAUCGGCUUCAGAUCUGUGAGGGUUUGUUUUGCUUCUAAACCCGAAUCCACAUAAUGUAAUAUAUAGUCCUGUAAAUGAUAUGGUUGCCUUAUGAAUUGUUCAAAUUAAACAAUCCAUGCCCAUGAGCUGCUUCCAAUUACAAUAAAUAGUUAGUUACAUUAUGAUUUAUGAUCA